GACAUAUUGUAUUGCACUAUUGGACGGGUUAGCAAACUAAUUGUUACAGUCAUGGAAUCUCCUCGGAUGACCUUCUAUUUUGACAUUGGCAGUCCUUUCAGCUAUAUUGCAUUCCACGUUUUGCAGGUAUCACUCAUUUCUUGGAAGGUCCUCGAAAGCAUGAUUACAGCACUGACAGCAUUGCAGAACUCCCCUGUCUUCGCAGGAUGUGCAAUUGACUAUGUUCCAGUCCUUUUGAGAGACCUGUUUCAAAAAUGCCAAAAUUCGCCGCCAAUUUCUGUCAAGAACAAGUUUCAGUGGGUCAAUAAAGAGAGACUCUACUGGUCUAGUCGGUUCGGUGUGCCAAUGAGUGAGCCGAUACCUAAAGGGUUUCCCGCAUCGACGGAAGAUGCCCAGGUUGCGCUCAGCUUCAUUGCUCAAAGCUCAUCCAACGAGCUUGUUAAGAUCGCAGGGAAACUCUUUCACAUGUUCUGGGCGAAUGGCAAUACUCAUAUCGCCAAUCCAGACAACUUUACGGCCGUGAUCGAGGAAGAGCUUGGCAGGGAGCUUGCAAAGAUGGUAACCAACGCGACAGCCAGCUCGGAAUCAAAAAUUCAUCUGAAUGAAAACACUGAAAAAGCAUUUGACUCCGGAGCCUUUGGUUUGCCAUGGUUUGAUUGUACAAAUUCUGACGGCGAGGACGAGGGCUUUUGGGGUAUAGACCAUUUAGGUCGCGUAGCUGACUUCCUUCGCUUGGACACCACGUUAGAUCCCGCAUUCAAGGUUCUGCUAUGA